AUGGCGGGCCGGUGGUUGACGGGCGGCUCGGCGCCCUUGCUGCUACUACUACUACUACGGUGCGCGGCGACGGCGCAUAUUAAGAAAGCCGAGGCCGCGGCCUCCCCGGCCUCGACGAACGCCUCGGCGUCCGGAGCGAGCCCAGCCAUGCACUACAUGGACGCGGCCGAGCUGGCGGCGUCGCUGCGCUCGCUGGCGGAGGACGAGGCUCCGCCGGGCUUGGCGCGGCUCUUCUCGAUCGGCCGCUCGGGAGAGGGGCGGGAGCUGUGGGUGCUGCGCCUCAGCGCCGGCCUGCCGCCGGUGGAGGCGGGCCCCGAGGCCGACCCCGGCGGGCCGCCCAUCGCCGGCCGCCCUCAAGUCAAGCUGGUGGCCAACAUGCACGGCGACGAGGCGCUGGGCCGGGCCCUGCUCGGCCGCCUGGCGCGCGAGCUGGUGUCCGGCUGGCUGCGCGGGGACGCCCGCCCGCGCCGCCUCCUCGGCGCCGCCGACCUCUACCUCGUGCCCAGCCUCAACCCGGACGGCUUCGCGCGCGCCGCCGAAGGGGACUGCGCAGGCGCCGCCGGCAGGAGCCCCGCGGGGACGGGCAGCGGGCGCGAGAACGCGCGAGGCAGGGACCUCAACCGCAGCUUCCCGGACCAGUUCCGCAGCGCGCAGCCGGAUCUGGCCGCCGUCCCCGAGGUGCGCGCCCUCAUGGAAUGGAUGCGGCGCAACCGGUUUGUGCUUUCUGCGAACCUGCAUGGGGGCUCUGUCGUUGCGAGCUAUCCAUAUGACGACUCUGCUGCACACCAGACCUCUGGGUUGUAUAGCAAAUCUGCUGAUGACGAAGUCUUCAAGUACUUGGCAAAGGCUUAUGCAUCAAACCAUCCAAUAAUGAAAACUGGCACUCCAAACUGCCCUGGGGAGGAAAAAGAAGUUUUCGAAGGAGGAAUCACUAAUGGUGCUCAGUGGUAUGAUGUGGAAGGUGGCAUGCAGGAUUAUAACUAUGUGUGGGCCAACUGCUUUGAGGUCACCUUCGAGCUUUCCUGCUGCAAAUACCCACCAGCGUCGGAGCUUGAAAAGGAGUGGGAAAAUAACCGGGAAUCUCUUCUCACCUUUAUUGAAAAAGUCCACAUUGGGAUCAAAGGAUUUGUCCGUGAUUCCGUCACUCAGGCUGGCUUGGAAAAUGCUACUAUUGCUGUGGCUGGGAUUGCUCAUAACAUCACAACUGGUCGUUUUGGUGAUUAUCACAGAUUGCUGGUUCCCGGAACCUACAACAUCACAGCGGCUGUUGUGGGUUACCUGCCGGUCACUGUAGUAAAUGUUGAGGUGAAGGAAGGGAAUGCAACUGCAGUGGACUUCUCCUUGGAACCUACAACGGCAGUGCCAGUCUCUGACCCUACCCAGGACACAGUGAUAACUGCCACAGACUCUGCUCCCAAUACUACCAAUGCAACUGCUACAGAAAGGCCAACCCCUGCUCACCAAGCGAUCCAGCCAAAGGACUUCCGUCAUCAUCACUUCCCAGACAUGGAAAUCUUCUUGAGGAAGUAUGCCAAUGAGUACCCAAGCAUCACACGCCUCUACUCAGUGGGCAAGUCAGUGGAACAGAGGGAGCUGUAUGUGAUGGAGAUAUCGGACAACCCAGGCAUCCAUGAAUUAGGUGAACCAGAAUUCAAGUACAUUGGGAACAUGCAUGGCAAUGAAGUGGUGGGCCGAGAGCUGCUACUUAAUCUCAUUGAGUACCUUUGCAAGAACUACGGCACCGAUCCUGAAGUAACAGACUUGGUUCAGAAGACUCGAAUCCACAUCAUGCCUUCCAUGAACCCCGAUGGCUAUGAGAAAUCUCAAGAAGGAGACAAAGAGGGCACUGUUGGCAGGGAUAACAGCAACAAUUAUGACCUGAAUAGGAAUUUUCCAGAUCAGUUCUUCCAGAUUUCAGACCCUCUGCAGCCAGAGACAAUGGCUGUCAUGAACUGGCUGAAGACCUAUCCUUUUGUGCUGUCUGCGAACCUGCACGGAGGCUCUCUGGUUGUUAAUUACCCCUAUGACGAUGGCCAGCGUGGCAUUGCCACAUACAGUAAAUCCCCAGAUGAUUCCCUGUUUCAACAAAUUGCUCUUUCCUAUUCCAAGGAAAAUGCACAGAUGUUCCAGGGUCACCCAUGUCCAGAAAUGUAUCCUGAUGAAUACUUCCCUCAUGGUAUCACUAAUGGAGCUCACUGGUAUAAUGUUCCAGGUGGAAUGCAGGACUGGAAUUAUGUGAACACUAAUUGCUUUGAAUUGACCAUUGAGCUGGGCUGUGUCAAGUACCCCAAGGCAGAGGAGUUGCCCAGGUAUUGGGAGCAGAAUCGCAGGUCUCUGCUGCAGUUCAUUAAACAGGUUCACCGAGGCGUCAAAGGGGUUGUGUUGGAUGCCACAGAUGGACAGGGCAUCUUAAAUGCAACCGUCAGUGUUGCCAACAUCGAUCACCCUGUCUCUACUUAUAAGAGUGGAGACUAUUGGCGCCUGCUGGCCCAGGGGACUUACAAGAUCACAGUGUCUGCCCGAGGGUAUAAUUCAGAAACAAAGAUUGUGAAAGUAGGUGACAAAUCAGCAGUGCAAGUCAACUUCACUUUGACCCGAAAAGAUUCCAGAAUGGAGGAAGGGAAAGUCCCCGACAUUAACAUGGCAGAUGCCAGCGACCCAGUCACCAAGGAGUUUGAGAUGCUGAUUAAAAACCUCUCAGCUGAGAAUGGGAUGGAACACCUGUUGCUGACUUCCAUGGCAGAUGUCCUACCUUAUCGGUACCGCCCCUACAAGGAUCUGUCCAUGUUCCUUCGAGGCCUGAACCUGAAUUACCCUCUGAUCACAAAUCUCACUAGUUUGGGCCAGAGCGUUGAAUUUCGUCAGAUCUGGUCCCUGGAAAUCUCCAACAAACCCAACCAAUCCGAACCAGAGGAGCCAAAGAUCCGUUUUGUGGCUGGCAUCCAUGGCAACGCUCCAGUUGGCACAGAGUUGCUUUUGGCGCUGGCAGAAUUCCUCUGCAUGAACUACAAAAAGAAUCUGGCCAUCACACAGCUGAUCGACAAGACAAGAAUUGUGAUAGUGCCAUCUCUGAACCCCGAUGGGCGUGAGAUUGCUCAGGAGAGAGACUGCACUUCAAAGAUAGGGCAAACCAACGCACACGGCAAAGAAUUGGACACUGAUUUCACAAAUAAUUCCACCCAGCAGUCCAGAGUGCGAGAACCAGAAACCAAGGCCAUCAUCGAGAACCUGAUAAUGAAGCAAGACUUCAGCCUCUCUGUUGCCUUGGAUGGAGGGGCACUGCUUGUUACUUACCCCUAUGACAAGCCGGUGCAGACAGUCGAGAACAAAGAGACUCUGAGACAUCUGGCGUCUCUGUAUGCAAACAACCAUCCCACAAUGUACCUUGGCCAGUCCAGCUGUCCAAACAAGUCAGAUGAAAACAUCCCAGGAGGAGUGAUGCUUGGCGCAGAGUGGCACAGUCACUUGGGCAGCAUGAAGGAUUUCAGUGUUGCGUAUGGGCAUUGCCCAGAGAUCACAGUGUACACUGGCUGCUGUUACUUCCCAGGCGCAGGACAGCUCCCUACUCUGUGGGCAGAGAACAAGAAAGCUCUCCUUGCCAUGCUUGUCGAGGUUCAUAAGGGAAUCUACGGGCUGGUCCAUGACAGGCACGGAAGGCCAGUUUCUAAAGUUGAAAUUGUGCUGAAUGAGCAGGUGAAAGUCUGCACCAAGGAAGGUGGCUAUUUCCAUGUGUUGCUGGCUCCUGGCUACCAUAACCUUCAUGCCAAAGCCGAUGGCUAUCAGCAGCAGCAUAUCCAGGUCUUAGUUCACCAUGACGUGGCUACUUUCGUGCACAUCCAGUUUGAUAUGGACAACAGGAUUUUUGGUCUUCCAAGGGAGUUGGUGGUCACUGUAGCAGGGGCCACCAUGUCGGCUCUGAUUCUCACAGCCUGCAUCAUCUGGUGCGUCUGUUCCAUCAAGUCCAACCGGCACAAGGAUGGCUUCCACCGCCUGCGCCAGCACCACAAUGACUACGAGGAUGAGAUCCGUAUGAUGUCCACAGGUUCAAAAAAGUCCCUUCUGAGCCACGAAUUCCAGGAUGAAACAGACACUGAGGAGGAAACACUAUACUCCAGCAAGCACUGACCCAUCGGUUGGCAGGGAGGCUCCCUGCAGAGACAGAUCCUGCAACACUGAGCGUUUCCCAAGCGACGGACCUAGAUCGCGCAACGUCGGGAGCCAGAACCUUUGUGGAUCACUCUCAUUCCUAUUUAUGCACAUGGAGACCCUGCUCAGCCACUGGCUGCUUUUCCAGUGAGAAUCUGAACUGGGGCUCUCUCAGAGCUGUUAUUGGCAACCUGGUUGCUUGCAAUCCACUCCAGGGAAGCAGAGCUGCUGUUGGUGGCCACCUUGGUAGCACUUCAGCAAAUUUUUUUUUUUUUGCCUAAGUGUCUGAGAAUAUUCACUCGAGGGAACUA